UGUGGUCUCCUGACUCCAGGGCCUCUUCCUCGAGGCGUCCUUGGAGCUGCCAGGGGCUGUGUGUGUCUUUUUGUCUGUGGCUAUGUGACAAGGUGAUCCGUUUUCCCAUUAUGUCUCCUGCCAGUCAGUUAUGUGAAUGAUCAACUGGAUGAUUUCAUCAGUGCCCUGAAUGUACGGCUGCAACCUUUAUCCAUGGAGAUCAGGAAAGGCACUGCGGAAGAAAAUGGGAAAACAUACUUUGCCCUGGUGAAUCUGGCAGAAACGGACAUUACCAAAAUGGCAAGUGACUUCUCUGAAAGCGAACUAGAGCUGUUCAAAAAAACAAUGGACCUGAUCCUGCUGUCUGGGAAUGGCUUUGCAUCAUCCACCGAGAUCUUGAACUUGGCCGACAAGUUGAAGCCAAAGAAAAUGAAGAAAAUGGAGGUGGAGCAAGUGCUUCAACAGCUGGUGCAGAAAAAGUGGCUUUGUGAGAAAGAAGGGGAGUACACCCUGCACACCCGCAGCAUCCUUGAACUGGAGCAGUACAUUUUCCGCCAUUACCCAGAGUCUGCCCGGAAAUGCCAUAUCUGCCACAGCCUUUCCAUUCAGAAUCAAGUGUGUGGAAACUGUGGGAUUGUGGUACAUUGGUCUUGUCUUUCGAAGUACUUCCAAGCACAACCAGAGCCACGGUGCCCUCACUGCAAACAGUUCUGGCUUCACAAGUUUCCAGAAUUCAGCCCUCCCAGCCACCUGCCCUUGAGCACCAGGGAAGAGAGCAGGAAGGUGUCCAGGAUGGGCCCCAGGCAGCAGCAACAGCCUCUCUGACCUCUCAGAAGAUAUGGAACUGCGGGUUCUGUGGACGCACCUGGGACAGCAGCUGGGCAAAAUAAUGGCUGUGCUGGUAUUGAAGGGCUCACACUGCUGUUUUUGUCAAUAGCCAUUUUGCUUUAGUUUUUUUUUUUUGCUUUGAAUGGUACCUGGGCUGCUGGCCUGCCUCUUACUGCUUGGAGUGUUGUCCUCAACAUUUCUCCUUUAUUUUAUGAAGGAAGCUACCAUAGGCAGGGCUCUAUUCCGCUUAGCACAACUGGGAUACCUCUCAGAACCUUGAGAAAAGCUACUCCAGCGGGCUGCCCCUGCCUCUCCCCAAAGACAACUAACUGCCUCUUGCUGCCAGCAUCACUCAUCCUCUCUGAAUUUGUGAGUUGUAGAGCAGUUAAGGGGCUUUUGAUUUCAUUGCAUAUCUCACCCAAGAACCCCUUUGGGACUCUGCAGGAUGACUUGCUUAAGUGAGUGACAUGAGAUCUUCUACUGAGAAAUAAACUUGGGACGG